CACUCUCCUGCUGCCCUGUGAAGGAGGUGUCUGCUUCUCUUUUGCCUUCCGCUAUGAUUAAGUUUUCCGAGGCCUCCCCAGCAAUACAGAACUAGAAUACAACUGAUGAGGCAAAAACGGAAGUGGAGAGAAUAUUCAGAAGGCUAAUCCGAGCAAGAAAUAGAUGAUAACCUGGACUAUAAUGGCAGCAAUCAAGGGUCUAGGGAAGGAUGACAAAGGAAAGAGGACAAUUGCCCCCAUGUCCCUACUUGAGGUUGGUUGCCCCGGUGACCUUCCGCCACCACCGCUAUGAUGAUCUUGUGCGGACGCUGUACAAGGUGCAAAACGAAUGCCCCGGCAUCACGCGGAUCUACAGCAUUGGGCGCAGCGUGGAGGGGAGACACCUCUACGUGCUGGAGUUCAGCGACCACCCUGGAAUCCACGAGCCCUUGGAACCAGAGGUCAAGUAUGUGGGGAACAUGCAUGGCAAUGAAGCGCUGGGCCGUGAGCUGAUGCUGCAGCUGUCGGAGUUUCUGUGCGAGGAGUUCCGGAACAGGAACCAGCGCAUCGUCCAGCUCAUCCAGGACACGCGCAUUCACAUCCUGCCAUCCAUGAACCCCGACGGCUACGAGGUGGCUGCUGCCCAGGGCCCAAACAAGCCAGGGUAUCUAGUUGGCAGGAACAAUGCAAAUGGAGUGGACCUGAACCGCAACUUCCCUGAUCUCAAUACCUAUAUCUACUAUAAUGAGAAGUAUGGAGGCCCCAACCACCACUUGCCCCUUCCAGACAACUGGAAAAGUCAGGUGGAACCCGAGACCCGGGCGGUGAUCCGGUGGAUGCACUCCUUCAACUUUGUUCUUUCAGCCAAUCUCCACGGAGGGGCGGUGGUGGCCAAUUACCCGUAUGACAAGUCCUUUGAGCACCGGGUCCGAGGGGUCCGCCGCACCGCCAACACCCCCACGCCUGACGACAAGCUUUUCCAGAAGCUGGCCAAGGUCUACUCCUAUGCACAUGGAUGGAUGUUCCAAGGUUGGAACUGUGGAGAUUACUUCCCAGAUGGCAUCACCAAUGGGGCUUCCUGGUAUUCUCUCAGCAAGGGAAUGCAAGACUUUAAUUAUCUCCAUACCAACUGCUUUGAGAUCACGCUGGAACUGAGUUGCGACAAGUUUCCCCCCCAAGAGGAGUUACAGCGGGAGUGGCUGGGUAAUCGGGAAGCCCUAAUCCAGUUCCUGGAACAGGUUCACCAGGGCAUCAAAGGAAUGGUGCUUGAUGAGAAUUACAAUAAUCUCGCCAAUGCUGUCAUUUCUGUCAGUGGGAUUAACCAUGAUGUCACUUCAGGUGACCACGGUGAUUACUUCCGGCUGCUGCUUCCAGGUAUCUACACUGUUAGUGCCACAGCACCUGGGUUUGACCCAGAGACAGUGACUGUGACCGUGGGUCCUGCGGAACCAACAUUGAUUAACUUCCACCUCAAAAGAAGCAUCCCUCAAGUAAGCCCUGUGAGGAGAGCUCCCAGCAGAAGGCACGGAGUCAGAGCCAAAGUGCAGCCCCAGGCCAGAAAGAAAGAAAUGGAGAUUAGGCAGCUCCAAAGAGGCCCUGCAUGAAACACACAGUGCCAGGCAACCCUUCAGAAAGGCUUUGCUCCUGCUCUCAGAACAGAUGAAGCAUUCUUUCUGUUUUAUUAUCUGGGACAUAUUUAAAUACAAACAUAUUCAGAACAA